GCUUACCACAAAGAAUUCUGGCAACAAACUAAGAAUAUGAUAUCAUAUCCUAGAGAAAAGAGGCAGUUAAAGGAAGUACAAGAACAACUAUUUUCGCGACCGUUUGGAGACAGUGGAGUAGUAAGUGGUGGAAUGAUGACAGCUGCUUCAUCAGCAACGGCGAACACCACCGCGGUGUCGUUCCUUCAACGACACACUCCUUCCUCUUCCUUCCCCUUCAUUUCUCGUAGUCUAAGUUUUAUUACUCGAAAGCAGCCUGUUGUGUCCUGCUGUCUCCCAACGACACAACAAAGUGCAGCAGCAGAAUAUGAAGUUGUAAGCACAAGCUCUGGAAGAAGAGAAGCAAUGCUUCAUAUUGCCUUCUCGGCUGCUUUUCAAGUUGCAAAUGUCAUGGCUGUUUCUUCACCUGCUCUAGCACUUGCUGUUCCUGCAGAAUUUCGCGUCUACUCUGAUGACGCUAACAAGUACAAAAUAUCUAUCCCUCAAGAUUGGCAAGUUGGAGCUGGGGAAACUGAUGGAAUCAAAUCCAUAACAGCAUUUUACCCUGAAGAAGCUUCUACUUCAAAUGUGAGUGUGGUAAUCACAGGAAUUGGUCCAGAUUUCACCAAAUUAGAAUCAUUUGGCAAGGUUGAUGCUUUUGCAGAAAGUCUGGUCACAGGAUUGGAUAGAAGUUGGCAGAGGCCUCCUGGGGUUGCAGCAAAACUGAUCGAUAGUAAAGCUUCGAAUGGACUCUAUUAUAUCGAGUACACACUCCAGAAACCUGGAGAAAGUCGAAGGCACAUCUACUCCGCAAUUGGAAUGGCAAAUAAUGGCUGGUAUAACAGGCUCUACACAGUUACUGGACAGUUUGUGGAAGACGAGUCUAACAAAUUUGAAUCCGAGAUUCAAAAGGCUGUCAGAUCAUUUAGAUUAGGCUGACUGGGGAGAGAAGGCCAGAGCUGUGCACGAUACAAAUAUCUUCUUAUAGGCAUCCUUUCUCUUUCAUUAAUCUUAUACUUGAACCAUUUGUUAGAACAUUACUCAACAGUUGGUGCUCCAAAAUUUUGCUGCUCAUACAGACAAGAACAAUCACCCCGUUUCCAGAGUUAUUUUUGCUCAAGCUUUUGAUUGUGCUUGAAUUUUAAGGCAAUUCUUCAA